AUUGCAGGAUUUCCAGGCAUUGCGGGGUGCGUUGAUGGAACAAUGGUCAAAAUAAAAGCUCCCCACGGCAAUGAAGCAGACUACAUUUGUCGCAAAGGAUAUUAUGCCCUUAACAUCCAGAUGACGUGUGACCCUCGAUUCAGAGUAAUCGAUCUUGUAGCCAAGUGGCCUGGAAGUGUUCAUGAUUCCAAAAUAUUUCGCGAGUCCCAACUGUGCAAAAUCAUGGAGGAAGGUCAAAUUCAAGGAACUCUCUUAGGAGACUCGGGAUACGGUUUAAAACCAUACUUGAUGACUCCGUAUAUCUCCACUGAAACAGCACCAUCUCAAAGAUUUAAUUCAGCUCAUUGCAGAACCAGGGUUACAAUUGAACAGACAUUUGGUGUUCUGAAGAAAAGGUUUAAUGCGCUCCACACGGGUCUUCGAGCCAAUCCUGAGAGAGCGUGCAGGAUGAUUACUGCAUGUGUCAUCCUGCAUAACAUUGGUCUAGACAGGGGAGACAUUCUUAGAGAUGUUCCCCAGAUUCCUGCUUCAUUGGUGGCCCCUGAUUUUGUUAUUCCAGAGGAUGCUGUUGGAAGAACGGUGCGGGAUCACAUCAGAGACACCUAUUUCUCAUGAAAUGUAUUCAAACGCUUGAAUUUCUUCUACAGUUUAGUGUUUUCCAGUCUUAAAUUCUCAAUUUCAAGCUCCUGGAUGUUGAUCUUCCUUUUUCUUGAUGACUUACU